GAGCCCCGAGACGUGGACGGUGGAUAGCCUCUCUACCCCCUCUAUAAAUCACGGGACUGCGCACCAACCUUCCCUUCCAAAGCAGAGCAAGUGCAGAUCAGAUCAGACCAGACCAGAGACACAGAGCAGAGCGGAUAAACUCAGAGGGAGAUCAUCACCAACCGACCAUGUCGUGCUGCGGAGGCAACUGCGGAUGCGGAUCCGGCUGCAAGUGCGGCAACGGCUGCGGAGGGUGCAAGAUGUACCCUGAGAUGGACGAGGGGGUGAACACCACCUCCCAGACCCUCAUCAUGGGCGUGGCGCCCUCCAAGGGCACCCCGUCGUUCGAGGCCGCCGCCGAGAACGGAGGAUGCAAGUGCGGCCCCAACUGCUCCUGCAACCCGUGCACCUGCAAGUGAUCCAUCAAAUCAAGACAAGGAGACGCCAUGGACGGACCUGAUGAAGGAGCACUAGUGGUUAUGCAUGGUGUGUGUUUCGUUUUUAAUUGCCACCGAGAAUAAGAUGAGAUCUAUCGCAUCGUAUCGAGCCACUAGUAGUUCAUGGCGUAUGUGUGCCCCUUGUGGCUUGUACCGUGUGCUGUGUAAGGCGUCUUGUGUUGUGAUGCGCCUUUUCCUAUGUUCGAGAUCCGUCCUGGUGUGCCUUCCCCGUCUUAUCUACAUCUACAUGUAUGUAUAAGACAAUAAUAAUUUGGAGUUUCUGUCUA